GCUUGACAGACUCACUCGACUGGUGGCAAGUGAGAGCAAUCCGGCUGAGAAAUCCUGACCUCCUCCUCUGAUCUGGCGAGAAUAAAUCGAAGAAGAAUGUGAAUUUCUCCAUGGAUUCCAGUUCCCUAAGCAGUAUGUAACUUCUAAUGGUGGACACCUGUCACAGACUGCAAACCAGAUCACCAUGGAAUGCAAGGUGAAGCACAGCUUGAAAUUACUGGAUGAAAUCAACAUGAUGAAGCAAAUGGACCAACUCACCGAUGUGGUCCUAGUGGCAGGAGGGACACGGUUUCCCUGUCAUAGGAUUGUCUUAUCUGUAUUCAGCCCAUACUUUCUGGCAAUGUUCACAUGUGGGCUCGAGGAGUGCCGAACAAAGGAGGUACAAUUAGUUGAUACCUCAGCAGUGAGUUUGACGGUAAUCUUAAAUUUUAUGUACAAUUCUGAGCUGGAACUCACCAACUCCAAUAUCCAGGAUGUUACCACGACUGCCUUUGUAUUCCAGAUGGAAGAAGUUUUAAAAUCUUGUGAGAAGUACAUGCUAGAUCAUAUGGAUGCCUCCAACUGUCUUGGCAUCUACCAUUUUGCCAAACAGAUAGUUGCAGAGGAGAUGUCACAUCAGGCCAAGAAGUACCUUUAUCAACAUUUUGCUGAAGUCUGCUUGCAGGAUGAAAUAUUGGAAAUUGAAGUCCAUCAACUGUUAUCUUUGAUCAGUUCUGAUGACCUUAAUGUUUCACGUGAAGAAAGUAUCCUGGAUUUAGUUUUACGGUGGGUGAAUUACAGUCGGGAUACUCGCUCAUACCAUCUGCCGCAGCUACUGAGGCAAGUUCGGCUGAUUCUCGUGAACCCCACUUUCCUCAGAGAAGCCCUCAGGAGAAACACGGCCUUGUUAUGUAACUCAGUGUGCUAUGAAAUCAUUACAAGUGCGCUGGAUGCCAUAGACAAGAAAAAUCACCUUGGCACACUACAGUUGCGGUAUGGGAUGGAAACAACAGCACUCCUUCUUUGCAUUGGCAACAAUGGCUAUGGGAUUAAAUCUAGACAUGGAAGUUUUGCAGAUGCUAGCUUUUGUUAUGCACCCACCACCAAAAGAACAUACUUUAUAACAUCUCCUCGGUAUGGAGAAGCCUUGGGAUAUGUUUGCACUGGAGUAGUGACUGAGGACAAUGAUAUUUUGGUUGCUGGUGAGGCAGGUGCACUUAAGCUUUCAAGACAGAAGACCAAAAAUGUGGAAAUUUAUAGGUACCGUACAGAAGGUAGAGGCUGCUGGGAUCAUCUGUGCUCAACUGAUUAUAGAGAGAUGUACGCCUUGGGAGCUGUGGGAAAUACUUUGUACAUUUUGGGAGGGCAAAUGAAAAUGAAGAAUCAAUAUCUGAUCACCAACUCCGUGGCCAAGUUCUCCAUGGAGAAGAAUCAAUGGAGGACUGCCUCACCUCUGCCUGUCCCAUUAGCCUGCCACUCUGUGGUGACUCUCAAUAACAGACUCUACGUUUUUGGAGGAUGGAUGCCACAGAUGGAUCACCCCGAUGAUGAACCAGACCGUCUGAACAAUCGCAUGUUUCAGUUUGACCCUGGAAAAGACAAGUGGACAGAGUGUAGCCCAAUGAAAUUUGCCAAGUACCGCUUCAGCACUGCAGUGAUCAACAGAGAGAUUUACGUCUUGGGUGGAAUUGGAUGUGUAGGGUCAGAUCGCGGCCAGGCAAGAAGAUGCCUUGACAAUGUGGAGAUCUACAACCCUGAUGGUGACUUCUGGAGGGAAGGGCCAACUUUACCGUCACCUCUUUUGGCUCUGAGAACUAAUUCUACCAAUGCUGGUGUGGUUGAAGGCAAACUUUACAUCUGUGGAUGUUACUAUGGAGCAGAUCGACAUGAGGUCAUCACCAAAGACAUCUUGGAACUGGACCCUUGGGAAAACCAGUGGAAUGUAGUGGCUCACAGAGUUCUCAUGCAUGACAGCUAUGAUGUUUGCCUUGUAGCCAAACUGAACCCCAGGGAUCUGAUACCACCUCCCUCAGACCUAAUGGACGAAUGAAGAGAAAGCCAUUCUGUGACCUCUGGAGUGCUGUGAGAGAUGGCGAUUACCAGUACCAGACAAGCGACUUAUCUUGAUAAUGUUUUACACUAUAGUGACAUGAAUCGGGUUCUGUGAUGUGUUUAAACAAUCUAGAAAGUAUUAGCUAUCAUGGAAUCUCGAAAUGGGUUAAAGUGGGUUUUAAAAUGAAUGAAUAGAGUGAUAGAAGAAAAAGGGCAUUUUCUAAGCUGCAUAAAACAGAAAGUCCUGUCAGUAUGGUAUGUUAUGUUUAAAAUAGAUAGAUAGAUAGAUAGAUAGAUAGAUAGAUAGAUAGAUAGAUAGAUAGAUAGAUAGAUAGAUAGAUAGAUAGAUAGAUAGAUAGACUGAAAUUUAUCUGUCCCGAGAGAGACAAUCUGGCAAUGAGAACAAUGUAUCCUAAAAAUUAUAAAUGCAGUAUAUUACUGAAUUUCAUUUCAUAUUUAAUAUCAUAUGAAACUUAUUUAGAGUAUUGUGAUGUGUGCUAUACAAUUAAUAUCCUCAUAUUGCUGUAUAGCAGCAUUAUAGGAGAAAACUGUAGCUGGAAGCAGACGCCUUACAUAAAGAACCACCAUGCACCUCACUUCAUGUUUAUUACAUUUAAAUUAAAAGGAGGGUUCGGAACCUGAAAAAUGUAGUUGAACCUGAGCUCUAGGAGUGUAAGGCAGAAGCUCAAGCCAUUACACCAUCUGACAUAGUUCAUUCAUUCUUUCCUUUUCUUUGAAUUUACUUAUUCCAAUACAAGGUUUUGGAGAUUCUUAGCCUUAGCCUCAUGCCAGUCCAUUGCAGGGCUACGCUCACUUACAUACUCACACUCACUCACUCACUCACUGAUUAAAUCCAAAUUCUGUGGUGGAUUUACAGUUUAUACAGUGGAUUCAGAAAAAUAUUCAGGCAGUUUCUUGUGUUGUAGAUUUCAUUUUAAGAAGAUACAUGCCUUUUUUGCCCAUAAAUCUACAUAAAAAAUCCAUAAUAACAAAGUGAAAACGAGUUUUCAGAAAGGUUUGGAAAUGUAUUAAAAAUCAAAAAUGGAAAUCUCUCAUUAAUAUAAGUAUUUAGACCCUAAAUUGAGUACUUUUUAGAAGCCCCUUUGGCAGCAAUUACAGCUUCCCAUUUAAGUCUCUAUAAGCCCUGCAUACCUGAACUGGUUAGUUAAUCUCAUUCUUCCUGGCAGAUUCUCUCAAGCUCCAUUACACUGGAUGGGAAUCCUCUAUAAACUGCCAUCUUCAGGUCUCUCCACAGAUGUUCUAUGGAUUUUAAAUCUGGACAUUAGCUGGGCAAUUUAAGGACAGAGACUUGCCCCAAAGUCGCUCCAGCAUUGUCAUGGCCAUAUGCUUUGGGCCACUGUUCUGCUAUAAUGUGACCCGUUGCCCCAGUCUGAAGUCGCAUGCACUCUGGAGCAGGACCUUUCAUGCUUCCCACAAUUCUGACCAGAUGCCCUGUCCUUGUAACUAAGAAGGACCCCAGCAGUAUGAUGCUUCCACCAACAUGCAUCACCUUAAGGCAACUGAUAAGCAGUACCUGGACAGUGAGUCCUUGGAGUUUUUCUUGAAGAGCACCAUUUUGGCCUCAUCAGACCAGAGAAUCUUUUUCCUCAUGCUCUCAGAGUGCUAUAAAUGCUGUUUGGUAGAUUCUCAGUGGGAGUUAGCCACUCUACCAUAAACACCUGAUUGAUGCUAAGUGCUGCUGAAAUGACUGAUCUUCUGACAAGUUCUCCCAACUCAGCAGAGGACUUCUGAAGCUUUAUUAGAGUGACUGUUAAGUUCUGAGCCCAUCAUGCCUGGUUACUCAGUUUGGUCAGACUGCCAACUCUAGGUGGAGUCUCAGUGACUCCCGACUUACUCCAUUUCACAACUACUCAGGCCACUGUGAUCUUGGUAUAACCUUGAUCUGAUCUCUGGUUUAGCACAAUUUGAUUGCCAGGGUCUACUGAGAGUUCCUUGAACUUCAUGGCUUUGUUUUUGUCCUGAUAUGCAGCAAGAAUUGGGGGACCUUAUGUACUCAGGUCCGUGUGCGUCUUUCUAAAUAAUAUCCAAUCAAUUCAGUUUACCAUAGGUGGACUCCAAUCAAGUUCUCAACACAUCUCAAGAGUCACAGCAAACAAGAUAACAUUUUUUUCAGAUUAAGAAAUCAUUCUGUUUUUUCUACAUCAGAAGCAACAACAAGAUAACCAUUUGAAGUGUCGCAGCAAAAAGAUCUGAAUAAAAAUGUUUUUGCUUCAUCAUUAUGGGUUAUUGUUGGUGUUAUUGGUGUUCCCAGAAGGAGGUGCUUCAUCUCUCAGGGCACCCUUGAUAUCAUCGAGAGGAGUCGCAGCGCACGGCUCAAUGGCAACUCUGGUCUGUACUGGGAACUGAGAAGGACGGCUAUGAGGGC